AUGAGCACGCAGCGUGCGCGCCGCCGCCGUACACCGUCGGUAGGCGAGCACGAGCGACAGUGUGAAGCGCCUGCGAUGCAGGUAGGGCCUCAUGCAUCGGCACGGCCAGCACGCAAUGCAGGAGGAUACCUGCCUGGCGCCAUUGUGCGUAUUGCUUGUGAGAAUUUUGUGACGUACGAUGCCGUGGAAUUCUUCCCUGGCCCCUAUCUCAACAUGAUCAUCGGACCUAACGGUACAGGCAAGAGUACGGUGGUAUGUGCGAUUGCCUUGGGGUUGGGUUGGAAGCCUAGUGUGUUGGGCCGCGCGAAAGACGUGGCGUCGUAUGUCAAGCUCGGGCAUGCUCAAGGCUGGGUCGAGGUCGAAUUGCAAGGCUUCCCAGAGGAGCAAAAUGUGAUUCUACGCCGAAUCAUGUUCCGCGACUCGAACACAAGUGAUUGGAUGCUGAACGGCGUGGCGGCCACGAUUCGCGACGUCCAUGCAGCUGUUUCGCGCUUCCAUAUCGAAGUGGGCAAUCUGUGCUCUUUCCUUCCUCAGGAUCGUGUGGCUGACUUUGCAGCUAUGACUCCCAGCAAGCUGCUUCAAGAUACCCAGCACGCCGCCGGCGAUCCGCAUCUGUCUGAAUGGCAUGCUCAACUGAUCCAGUACGGUCAUCAACGUGCCGCUUUGGUCACUCGACUGGAGCAAGAGCAAAAAGAGCAUGAUCAUUUGGAGGCACGAAAUGCCGUGUUGGAACGCGAUAUACGUCGGUACGAAGAGCGUGUCGAGCUGGAAAAGCGCGUCGCGUCGCUGCAAGUUCGCGUCGCUUUUGCCAACUACCGCGAAGCCAAGGAUCGGUACACGGCAGCGCGUGAAAAGCGUGAAGAGGCCAAACACGCUCUGCAAACGAUCCUUUUGGCCAUGCAGCCACUGGAGACUGCCCUAGAACAAGCACAACAACGGUCUAGCAAAAUCACUAUCUUGCAAACGGAGCAUCGACGUGAAGCCGACGAGGCCAUGGUCCAUCUCAAGCGCCUCUCCACUUCGCGUGAAUCUAUUGAACAGGAGUUGGCAAGCUUGCACGAGCAGGAACGCAAACUCGAGUCGCUUGAGCAAGAGCGACGUCGUGCCAUGGACGAAAUGCGGACACAAAUUGCCGCCCUGGAGGCGUCCGUUGCUACUGGCCCCCCGUCCGUUGACCUUACCGCCCUAGAUCAACAAUGGCGGGCUGUCAAGACGGAACAUCGUGUUGCUACAGAAGAUGUACGUGAUCUGGAUGCACAGACGCGCGAAUGGAAUGCCAAGGUGCAACGUGCACGCACUCAGCACAAGGAAGCACGACUCACCCUCGACCGACUUCAAACGGUGCGCUACCAGCGCCUGCAAAUUCUUGCGCGUGGCGAUCGUGAUACGUACGAAGCGACCAUGUGGCUGGAGCAAAAUCAAGGGAUCUUUGAGCGGACUGUGUAUGAGCCUGUCCUAGUUGCCCUCUCGCUCAAGCGCCCUGAAGCAGCUCGUGCGAUCGAGACGUGCCUUAGCUGGGCUGUGCAACGUACAUUUGUGUGCCAAACACGUGCCGACUACGACCUCUUUACGCGUGAACUGAUCGACAAACGCAAAUGGCGUCUCAAUGUCGUGGAAAUGGAAGGCGGCCCGGCGCUGUCCACCUACACACCGCCCAUGCCUGUGUCUACGCUUACCUCGCAUGGGUUCGAUGCGUAUGCAUUGGACUGUAUCGAUGCUCCGCCUGAUGUGCUUCGGUACUUGUGCAGCACGGCCCACUUGCAUGCGAUUCCUAUUGCUUUCCAAGGGGGCGUAGAUCCCGCUGCGAUGGAAAAGGACCGCUCUGUACGUCGCUACAUUUCUGGCGACACCAUUUUCUCCACGACCUACUCGAGCUAUGGCCAACGUUUGCCGCAGACGCUAUCGCGUGUUCUCAAACCCCUACGAAACUUUGCUCACACCAGUGAUCCUGAAGCACGAGAGCACGCCUUGCAUGCCGUCCAGUCCUCAGAGGCGGAACUAGAACGUGCCGAGGCCGCUUUGCGUGACUUGGAAGCUGAUCGCCUCAGCAAGACGACACACCUGGAACAGCUCACCGAACAGCGAGCCACCCUCUCAGCGCAGCACCAAGCUGCGGCUGAUGAGCACAAGGCUUGGGAGCGUCUACAAUGGCAGCUGCGUACGAAGAAAGAGCGCCUGCAGGAGGAAGAGAAGCGGCCUUCUGUCGUGCUCCAGCGUCAGCAGCUCGAUCAAGAGCGACGCAAGCUGGUCGUGGAGCGCAGUAAGGUGGCGGAGCGAGCUGUACGGCUCUUGCAAACCAUGGCUCGUGCGUACAAUGCAAGUGACGAAGAUGGGUUGGCUCUUUUGUGCCUCAUCAGUGAGAUCCAGACCCGUGAAGCCGCGCUGCGUGACCACAAAGUGCAAGUGGAUGAGGGUGAGCAAGCUGUGCGCGAUGCUAUAGCGGCGUUUACCGAUACCAAGGAGCAUGCGCUUACUUGUAAACGCCGCGCAGAGCGAUGCCUAGCUGAUGCCUCAGAAGACAUUCAGGAUCAACUUCGCGAGUAUGUGAACGAGACCGACCGGUCUUCUGCCGAGCUCAUGGCUGAGUUGGAACGCACACAAGCCCAACUUGAAAUCCCUUCGAGUGUCGGUCCUAGUGUGAUGGAAGCGUAUCGCACGCGCAAAGAAAAGAUCGCACAGCUCCAGCGCACCAUUGCUGAUGCGCGUGCCGAGCAAGUCCGUUUGGAUCGCGCGAUUGCGGAGGUCGAAGGGCAUUGGCUUCCUGCGUUGGACGCUUUGUUGUGUUCCGUCAACAAUCGAUUCGCUGCUGCUUUUGCACGUAUGGGAUGUGCUGGCGAAGUGCGUCUGGCGCGUGAAGAGGACUAUGAAAAAUGGGGCAUCGAUAUUCUUGUCAAGUUCCGUGAUACCGAGCGCUUGCAACUGCUUACUGGCCAGCGCCAAUCUGGUGGCGAGCGGUCGCUUUCGACGAUUUUGUAUCUUCUAAGCUUGACGGAACUCUCACGAUCACCCUUUUCAUUGGUGGACGAGAUCAAUCAGGGCAUGGAUCCUCGCGCUGAGCGUGCUGUCCACAACCAUAUGGUCGACAUUACAUGCCGACCGGAGGCCGGGCAGUACUUUCUUAUCACGCCCAAACUUUUACCAGGUCUCUCCUACCAUCCACUUAUGAAGGUGCUGAUCAUUAACAAUGGCGAAUGGCUCCCUGAAAAACUACGAUGUAUGUACUUUGCACCCUCACCUUCAGUGUCCGACGUGGCCCAACGCAAGCGGCAGCGCUUGGCUCUUGCCGCGCACGCGUAA